AUGAUUAACGACUCUUCCAAGGAAAACGGCGGCCAUCUUGGCCAGAAUGGCCAUACUGCCACACAGAACGGUUCAGGGGAAAACCGGCCCAAGUUUACCCUGAAGGACACUCCUGUCGAGAAUCAACGUCCGAUGAGAGUUGUGAUCGUCGGAGCUGGUUUCUCUGGCAUCUACUCAACCAUCCGAAUGACUCAGAGACUGAGGAAUAUUGAUCUUAUCGUCUAUGAGAUGAACGAAGAAACAUCAGGAGUCUGGUGGUUGAAUCGCUAUCCCGGCUUGGCCUGUGAUAUCCCAUCAUAUUGUUACCAGUUCAGCUUCGCGCCAAACCCCUAUUGGUCCUCACUUUAUGCUCCAGGCGCAGAAAUCCGUGCAUAUAUGCAAGAUGUUGCCGAGAGAUAUGGUGCCAAUAGGUUCAUUAAGACGUCUCAUCAAGUCAUUUCGGCUACUUGGGAUGCGGGGGAUAAGGUCUGGAGACUUACUGUAAAGAACAUCAAGACCGGAGAGACAUUUGAAGAUACCGCCAACAUCCUCGUCUCUGCAAAAGGUGGUCUCAAUCAGAUAGCCUGGCCGCAGAUCAAGGGACUGAAGCAAUUCGCGGGUAAGCUCAUGCACUCUGGUGCUUGGGAUGAGAGUUGUGACUUGAAGAACAAACGAGUGGGGAUCAUUGGCAAUGGAUCGAGCGCCAUUCAAAUCUUGCCGGCAAUCCAACCACUGGAGGGCAUUUCUGUAACUUGUUUCGCUCGAUCGCCGACCUGGAUUAUUCCUGCAUUUGGCGACACAGCUAUGCAGAAACUAGGAAUGGAUCCUUCACAGACCAAGUUCUCGCGCCGCCACCAAGAACAGUUAGCGAGACAGCCAGAGAAGUACUAUCGGUGGCGAAAGACACUCGAAGAUGAGGCUGCAACGAUCUAUCCUUUGACCUUGAUGGGCACUGACGUCCAGAAUGGGGCUAGAGAGCUCUUCCGUAAACAAAUGGAGGAGAAACUACAUGGCAGAAAAGACCUACAACAGAUUAUCCCUUCGUUUGCCCCUGGGUGUCGUCGUUUGACCCCAGGCCCUGGAUAUCUCAAGGCGCUCCAACAGGAUAACGUCACCUUUAUCAGCCAGAAGAUUGAAGAGAUUACGGAACGAGGAAUCAAAGUCGCCUCGGGGGAAGAGGUCGACUUGGAUGUAUUGGUGUGUGCAACUGGAUACGACGUCGAAGCACCUCCGAGUUUUGAAGUAACGGGCCGGAAUGGGACAACACUCACCGAAAAGUGGAAGCCACACUUUGAGACCUACAUUGCACUCGCAGUCGACGAAUUCCCCAACUUCUUCCUCAUCGGCGGUCCCAAUUGCGGUCUAGGCUCAGGCAGUUUACUUAGCGUCUUCGAAGCACAGGGCGAUUACAUCGUCAAGGCGAUCCGCAAGCUUCAAAAGGAAGACUACGCUACCAUCGAAGCCAAGUCCGAGCGUGUGGCUGACUUUAGUCAAUACAUAGAUGAGUACUUCAAAGGUACUGUGUACACGGACGAGUGCUCAUCCUGGUAUCGUGCUGGAAGGCUUGGGUCACGCAUUGUAGCGCUGUGGCCUGGGUCUUCUGCGCAGUGUCUUGAGGUGUUGAGGUCGCCGCGAUGGGAGGAUUAUAAGUUUGAGAGUGCGGAUCCUACGGGGAACUUGCUACGGUGGAUGGGUAAUGGUUGGAGUCAGGUGUUGACUGAGGGCGAUCCGUCGUGGUUCUUGGAUCCUGAUGUUGUGGAUGCUCCAGACGAGGGGAAGCCUGAGGACAGUGAGUUCUAUAGAAGACGUCCCUUCUCAUACUAG